CUAGCGAUGAUAACAAUUACAGGACGGCGUCCACCUUAUUGGGCUUUUCUCUCUCUUCCAACAACAUCUUGAGAAUGGAAGAAAAUGACGGAGGCGUCGUUCAUUAUCACAACAACAGCCAAACACUGUCUUACGUUUCCGCUUCCUCUCCCUCCGCGUCUGCAUCUCUUGUUCCUCCGCUUGGUGAUUCUGGCAAUAACAGCAGCUGCUAUGGAAACUGCCAUGGGAACGGGGAAAUCUAUUCUCACUUGCCUCCGAUGCCACUCAGGUCUGAUGGCUCUCUUUGCUUAAUGGAAGCUUUCAACGGGUCUCAUCAGCCAAACCAAGCGCAAAAAAUGCAGGAGCUUUCUGGUGGAGUAUUAGGGACCCAUCACCAUAACUCCGACAAAGAAGCCAUGGCUCUUAGCUUAGACAGUAUGCUUUACACCACCCAUGAAUCCAACAACCCUCAAGAUUCUCUGAAAAUUUUCCUGGGAAAUCCCACCUCCCGAGAAAAUCAGCAAUACUACCCGUAUAACACCAACUUCCCAGAAACCAGAAACCACGAAGAAACCCAUGGUUCUUCUUCUUCUCAGUCCGCUCAUCUGCACCCUCAAGCUGAGAUGAAGAGAUUGGUCUCGGGAAAUUACGAGGAUGACCCGGGGAUUACACGAGCAGGGUCUGUGGGGAUAGGGGCAUAUGGGGAAUUGCAGCAGGCGUUGAGCUUGUCCAUGAGCCCUGGUUCACAGUCAAGUUUUGUCACUGGUUCACACCAACAGUUGUCGUCUACUUUUUUGGAGAGCGUUGGUCUUGGGAAUAUGAAGAGAGGACAAGAAGCCGUCGUUGACCAGAGACAUAUUGUUCACAGGAAAUCCAUUGAUACAUUCGGACAAAGAACCUCUCAGUACAGAGGCGUUACAAGACAUAGGUGGACGGGUAGAUUCGAAGCUCAUCUUUGGGACAAUAGUUACAAGAAAGAAGGUCAGAGCAGAAAAGGGAGACAAGUUUAUCUGGGAGGUUAUGAUAUGGAGGAGAAAGCUGCUCGAGCAUAUGACCUUGCUGCAAUCAAGUACUGGGGUCCCUCUACUCACACCAAUUUCCCCGUUGAUAAUUAUCUGAAGGAGAUCGAAGAAACGAAGAACAUGACCAGGCAGGAGUAUGUUGCCCAUUUGAGAAGGAAAAGCAGCGGAUUCUCUAGGGGUGCUUCGAUUUAUAGAGGGGUCACAAGGCAUCAUCAACAUGGAAGAUGGCAAGCUCGGAUCGGCAGAGUAGCCGGUAACAAAGAUCUCUAUCUCGGAACGUUCGGAACUCAAGAAGAAGCAGCAGAAGCGUAUGACGUAGCCGCCAUCAAGUUCCGAGGGAGAAACGCUGUUACAAACUUCGAAAUAACGAGGUAUGAUGUCGAAAGGAUCAUGUCAAGCAACACUCUUUUGUCCGGAGACCUCGCAAGAAAGGACAUCGCUAACAAAGAGCACGGCAGCAACGUUGCCGCGGAUGCUUCGAGAGAAGGAAGCUCGGAUCGGGUUUUGAGUUUUCCGACGAUUUUCGCUGUGCCUCAGAUGAGUCCGAUGAGGAUGUUCGGUCCAAAUGUCGCCGGGCAUAAGAGCCCUUGGACGAAACCUAAUGCCGAACUCAAGAGUGUUGCUCUCGCUUUACCUCGGGUGUCGGUUUUCGCCUCGUGGUCGGAUUCUUGAAUUUUAGUUUUGCGGUUAUCGGUAAAGGGGCUGGUUAUCCCCGUCCCAACCGGUUCGGUUUAUGUAACUAUGUUUCCGGGAACAAAAAACGGUUCAUGCAUGAGAAGAAAAAAAAUGUUGAUACCGAGAAAUUCGGUAUAAACACUUUUCUUUAGGAACGGUUUAUUGUGUUUUUUUUUUUAACAUAUGAAUGAAAUCAGUCUCCAUUCCUUUA